AUGCAGUCAGAGGGACGGGGCGGCAGGCCCUCAGGAAUCCACUGCUUCAACUUAAGGGACCUGGAUGACGAGCACACUCUGAUCCUGCAGUACUGUCAGACACUGGGAGGGGAGGGCUCCCCCUGCAGUCAGCCCCAGAGCCCUGCGCAGAUCCUGCAGGCUGUGGAGAAGGAGGAGCGAGGGGAGCUGGAACGGAUCAUCGCUCGGCUGGAAGAGGAGCAGAGGACGCUGCAGAAGGAAUAUGAGCAGCUGAAGGAGCAGCACGGCCAGCGCGCAGCCCCUGCUGGAGGCACCUGGGAGUCGGAGAGCCCCUCUGCUCAUCCUGAUGAGGCCGAACUACUAGCCGAGGCCAAAUUGCUGCGACAACACAAGGGUCGACUGGAGGCCCGCAUGCACAUCCUGGAGGAACACAACAAACAGCUGGAAUCUCAGCUUCAUCGCCUGCGACAGCUUCUGCACCAGCCGGACGUGGACUCCAGGGUAAACGGAGUUUCUUCGCCCUCUGUGCACGAUCGAGUCCCUGACAACUCAGAUGAGCUGCUGGACUCCCACAACAGCAGCUCUGACCUGGCUGAUGUAAUGGAGCAGAUUAACAACUCCUUCCCUGCAUGCAGUCCCUCCGGCCUCUCCUCCAGACCACAGGUGAUGUGAGGACCAAAUGGAAUGACGUUUGUCUGUGUUUGCACCAGAGUAUGCAUGAGUGUGUGUAUGUGUGUGAGUCACGAGUGUGGGAGGAGGUGAGAUCGUUCCCCAAACAAACAAACAAACAAACAAACGACACCCCGACCCGUCCCAAAGAUGCACAGGACCGGGCCACUGAACUCCUUUGACCGCCGUCGUGUCGUGUACUAUGCAAAAUUGUACAUUUUUUCUGAACUGUAGAUUGUACUUGGACUUGGUUUCAGCAUUUGCCAGUGACUUGUUUGGAUAUUCGCAGUCAAUGUCACAGUGGGUGAGGGAGCGGGGGGACAGAAGUUGGGGGGCUUUGUAUUGUAAAACAUGUUUGUGUGUUUUCUAAGGGCGGUUGGGGAUUGGGGUUCUCGUUUUCCUUACGAUCUACUUUCAGUGGGAGUCAAACGGUUACAGAUUUCUUUUCUUCUCAUCCCUCUGCUUUGAAACCAGUGAUCCAGUCGUCAGAGUAAAAUGGCAGCGACCAGCUGUUCGAUUCCAUGUUUGGGGGCACACACAGUUCCAGGCGUUAAGAUUAGUCAGUGAUUGAAAUGAUGAUUUUGUGUCUUUUUUUGGUUAUAAAUCCAUCUUGUAGCAUGCUUGAUUCAAAGUUGUCCAUUAAUUAUUUGUGUUGAAAUUCGAUCAUUUAAGGAUGAUCCCUCCUGUGCCUAUACGAUUUGUCUGCUCCAGGUGCAGAAAGACGAGACAAGAGUUUGUGGAAUAAAGUGAGACUUGUGUAUAAAGAGAAAAAGAAAGUUUAGAAAAUAUAGAUUUAAAUGCUAAAGAAGCGGUUCUGUGUCUGGGUUUUUAAGGGCCCUGCCAUCACUAUGUAGAAUAGUCAUGUUUUUAAAGCUCUACGUUGAGAAAUCAGAGGAAAGCCACAAUUGCCUUGCUACCUCAGACUCAUGGACACAGUUUUGGUUUUGUGCUACGUGAACUUGUUCAACGCCGUCGUGACCGUUCACAGAAGGCGGAACAACCCGGAUUAACAUUCUGAGCUCCAGCUUUACUGUAUUUGUGUACACUGCAACAAGGAGAUACCAAGUAGAAGAACAAAAAAUAAUAAUAAUAGUUGUCGUUACUGUAUCACAGAGGGGUCUGUGGCCUGCUGACGCCAGCUUUUAAUGGCGAGUUCUACUUCUGUCGUUGGUUGUUCCACUGGCCUUUAGCACUGGUCUCUCACCACAGUGUGUUUUUGUGCUCUGCGCUCUGUCCUGUAAAACUUGUGAGAGUCAACAACACUACUAUAAUCUCCUCCAGUUGUAGACCGGUGAUGCCGUGGGUGAUAGAUGUAAUGAUUACAAUCACUUUGUACCGUACAGUACCGUCAUGGCAGAACUGUGUCGUUUCUCCUGAGGUGUGUAAAAUAGGUCCAACCACACUACAUAUAAUAUGGCUAUGUUUGUUUUAUUCUGAAUAAAAAAUUUUAUAACAAGUA